AUGCGACAGGAGAUUUUGAAUAAAAUGUCGGCUCUGGAACGGCACGUGUUCUCGAGAUGUUCUAAACAAGCUUAUUUCGAUGUCUCGCGAAACGAGCAUUACAUCAAAACGUUGCGGUUGAAACGAAUUUCCAAAUCGAAAUUUGAAAUCUCGCUGGAUUUUGAGGAUAAAUAUUGCGUCAAACACUUUCACAUAAAACAUAUGCCAAUUAUCGAUCGAUUUUUGUUAAAAUCAGCGAGAAGUUUGGAAAGUCUGAAAUUAACUGAGAAUAAGAACUUAAUUUGGACAACUCCACCUCUCACAUUUUUUAAGUUACGAAAUGUUGUGUUAACAACAAAACGAGUGAACGCCAUUCUGUUGAAGAUCAAAACACGGGUUGCACUUAAUUCAUUAGCCGUGAAUCCAGGCUUUCGUGGGGAAUCGGUUGAUGUCUCAAUCACAAAGGUAAUUUCAAUAUCAAAUCAGAUUGUUCAAUAAACACAUUUACUUCUUCAGAUUAAAGAAGUGAUGGAUUCCAUCUCGAUGCCGAGUUGCAACUUGUUAUACGAAAAUUUAAAAAUGUUGAGAGCGUCACAUGUACGAAUGGGAUUGGUGGACACAAAUUCCGAUCGUUUGCUUGAUUAUUUGAGGAGCUGGAGAGAAAGACAUGUCGAAAAUUCGCUCCAAAGACUUUAUUUACAUUUACACAAAGAAAUGCAAAUUGAUGAAAUUCGUCGUCGAUUGGAAAUUGUUGGAGAUCCAUUGAGGUGA